AUGAGAGUCAGUAUUUUAAAAUGCGUUCUUUUUUCAAUUGUUAUUUGUUCUUUUGAAUAUGCCCAAAAUCAUAUGCAGAUAACGAAUUUGAUUUAUAUGGAUUUUUAUCAAUCAACUUUGAAUCUUGCAAGUCAACUUGGUGAUUGUGUUGAAGGUAACAAAGAAAUAGCACACCUUCGAAAUAUUAUAGAUUCACAUAUAAAGAAGCAUAAAGGAAGUAGCACAUCACUUGAUUUAAAAAAUGUAGAUAGUAAGACAAAAAAAAUAAUUAAUGAGCUUCGAAAAGAAUUAGAAGAAGUAAAAAAAGAGCUUGAUAAUAAAAGGAAUGAUGAAUUAGCAAUACAACCAAUAGAGAAUAAAAAAAUAAUAAAAAAAGAUGGAAAUAGUUCUGUAUCAGAACAUGAAGACUUUAAACAAUUGGAAAAUAAUAAAAAUAAUAAAAUUGAAUCAAGUAAUUGUUAUAUGAAAUCAAAAUUGACUAAAAAAAUUAAAAAGAAGAAAACAAAUUCAUCCUGUCGUAUUUGA